CGCCUGACUGUCACAAAGAUGCAACAGAUCUUUUCCAGCAAACUGAUGAUAGGCUACAGCAACAGAUGAUUUGGCCUAAUUCUGUUGUACAAUCAAAGACGUUAUUCGGCAAGAUUUUUUUGUAAAUUAGCCUAAUUGUUGUGAUUAAGGAAUAAUGCGCGCGCAGGAUGGGAUUUAGGGUUGGCUACUAAUUAAACGACGAGGUGACCAGACUUUUGAAAGAGAUGAAAUUGGAGGGCAUUUUUAGAGUUGUCUGACCUUUAUUUGAACUACUCUGUUUUUCUUUGCAUAUCUUUGCAAAUGUAACAAAUGCCUGAGCACGCGCGCUUAAUUCGGUCGUGAUACGCGGACGGUUUGCUCAUGUUUUGGUGUUUACUAUAGUGUCAAAGUGCCCAUGAAUGAGGAUACACGCCAGCAUCCUCCCAUAGACUGAGAGUUUCUCCGUUAACAGGUGGUUGUUCGCGUCUCUGAUGGUCAUGGUGACGGCGCAAACUCUCUACAGUUGUUCGACUUUUAGAACUGACGACAGCUGCGCGGGUUUAGAAAGCCAAAAGAGUUAUUAGGUAAAAGCUUCUCCAUCGAAAUCUAUGAUCAGCUCGGUGUGUGUUUCGUCGUACCGCGGGCGCAAGUCAGGCAAUAAACCUCCUUCCAAAUCAUGUCUGAAGGAAGAGAUGGCCAGAGGCGAAGACUCGGACAAAAUCAUAAUCAACGUCGGCGGCACGCGCCACGAAACCUACAGGAGCACCCUUAGGACCAUACCGGGCACGAGACUCGCCUGGCUCGCCGACACGGACAACCAGGUGAACCCGGACGCAGACAUGGUGCAGACGCCCACCACCAGCGAAUUAUUUUUUGAUCGACACCCGGGCAUAUUUGCCUAUGUGCUGAACUACUACAGGACUGGCAAGCUUCACUGCCCAGCGGAUGUGUGCGGCCCUCUGUUCGAGGAGGAGUUGGCAUUUUGGGGCAUCGACGAGACAGACGUGGAGCCCUGUUGCUGGAUGACAUAUCGCCAGCACAGGGACGCAGAAGAGGCGCUUGAUAUAUUCGAGCCGCCAGACCCGGAGGAUGCGGAGGACGACCAGGACUUGCCCAGACGCUUCGGCAUUGAGGACAGCCCUGACCGCUCCAGGGGAUGCUGUGAAGUUUGGCAACCAAAAAUAUGGGCGCUCUUUGAAGAUCCAUAUUCUUCGCGUGCAGCCCGGAUAAUUGCCUUUGUCUCCCUCUUUUUCAUCCUGGUGUCCAUCACUAACUUCUGCCUGGAGACCCAUGAGGCCUUUAAUGAGCUUGUUAAUCGCACUGAUUCAGUCGGAAACACCACUGGGACCAUCAAGCAGGAGAUGGAGACCAAACCAGUGCUCAUGCUGGUGGAGGGAAUCUGCGUGGUUUGGUUUACCUUCGAGUUCCUGGUCCGCAUCAUAUGUUGCCCAAACAAGCUUCUCUUCAUCAAGAACACGCUAAACAUCAUUGACUUUGUUGCCAUCCUGCCCUUCUAUCUGGAGAUGAGUUUGAGUUGGCUCACAUCUAAAGCUGCCAAGGAUGUCCUGGGAUUUCUGCGCGUGGUCCGUUUCGUGCGCAUCCUACGGAUCUUUAAGCUCACGCGCCAUUUUGUGGGUCUCAGGGUUCUUGGCCACACCUUGCGGGCGAGUGUCAAUGAGUUUUGCCUUCUCAUCAUCUUUCUUGCUCUCGGGGUGCUCAUCUUCGCCACCAUGAUCUACUACGCCGAACGUAUUGGUGCAGAUCCCCAAGACCCUAGUGGCAGCAAACACACUCAUUUCAAGAACAUUCCCAUUAGCUUCUGGUGGGCGGUGGUCACCAUGACGACACUAGGUUAUGGGGACAUGUACCCUAAGACGUGGCUGGGCAUGAUGGUCGGUGCGUUAUGCGCAUUAGCGGGCGUGCUUACCAUUGCCAUGCCUGUGCCUGUUAUCGUUAACAAUUUUGGGAUGUACUACUCGCUGGCUAUGGCCAAGCAGAAGCUGCCCAAGAAGAAGAAGAAGCACAACCCAAACCCGGAUAUGGUAAUGGACUCUGCCUCUUUUGGGAAGUCUGAAAGCAACUCGCCAAGGAACAGCACACAGAGUGACACAUGCCCCCUCGCCGCUGAGGAGAACAUCGGAAGAAACCGCUCAGAUUCAAAGCAGAAUGGCGAUGCCAACGUUACUCUUUCAGAAGAGGAGGGCUGCAGUCUGACCCAACCGCUCUCUCCCAGCGAGAGGUGGACCCUCCGAUGUUCACGCAACAGAGACAAGGCCAUGAAAGAGGCAACUUGCUUCCUGCUGAAUUCUGGAGACUUUUCUUGCGGAGCUGAACCCACCAUCCACACAGAGAGCUGUAAAGACACUCUCACGUCCCCAGCAAACUACACACAAGCAGAAGUCAGCUUCCUGACCUGAGGGGCUUUUAUCCUGAUAGGACUCUUCUGAGAUGCUCACCAAUCAUUCAUCUACUCAUUAGUCAUGCAUCAUCUAUCUCAGUCAAGGGUGCGAUACCCCUGUAGACUGGUAAAAUGUGGAUCAUCAUCAUCUGUCCGUUUGGAAGCUGCCAGGCAUGUAUUAGCAUGAUAGAGUACUUUUGGUCAAAAUCUAUCUUUAAUGUACUUUUAUAUUUAGGGCACAUAAAAAUCUUACCCGAAGUAACUCUUUAAAAUAUUAAUGAUGAUCAAUGUUGCUUGAGACCCCAUUAAAAUUGUAUAAAUGUAAGUGCUAGUUUAAUGCUGAAAAUUUACAAAAUAACUUAAUAUUAGUAAUUUUGGCGACUAACAUUUUAGAGACUUUUAGAAAACAAACUGUCUUUCCUGUCAAGAUUAUCUAUCUAAAAGUGCAAAUUCAUACUGAAACUUAUGAGACCAUUAGAAAUUUGUACUGUUCCUGUUCUAGAUACACAACUGUUCAAAAGUUUGGGUCUGUAAAAUGUAUGUUUUUGAAAGAAGACUCUUAUGCUCACCAAUGCAGCAUUUAUUUGAUAAAAAAUAAAGUAAAAACUGUAAUAUUGUGAUAUAUUAUUACAAUUUAACGCAACGGUUUUAUAUUUUAGUGUAUUCGAAAAUUAAAUUGUAUUCCUGUAAUGGCAAAACUACUUCAGCGUCACAUGAGCCUUCAGAAAUCAUUCUGAUAUGCUGAUUUGCUGCUCAAGACACAUUUAUUAUUGUUAUCAAUGUUAUCACUGUUGAGCUGCUUAAAGAUUUUAUGAAUUUAUUAAUUUUUCAGGAUUCUUUGAUGAACAGAACGUUCCAAAGAACAGCAGUUCCCUUUCGUUGUCACUCCGAGUUCCGUCGGAUGACGUCGAAUAGCGAAACGUCUACGUUCCCUACUCAGGGAACAAGGGUUACAUCUGUAAACGAGACGUUAUUUGAAAUAUAAUUAAAUUGUAACUAUGGACAAGUCUUUAAUGUCCCUUUUGAUCAAUUUAAUUAAUAUUGCUGAAUAAAAAUAAACAGUUCUUUCAAAAAACAAACUUUUGACCAGUAAUAUACAUAAAACAUGUCUCCCCUCAGGAUACAAAUUCUCAGCUUGUCUUUAUUUGGACAAAAGUAGAAAGCACCCUGUGUCUGUACAGUAUCUUCCAGAGAUCACAGGCUAGCUAACACAACUGUAAGAAUGGCCCAUUAAUCACUGUACAAAUAACCGUCAAACAAAAGCAGGAUUCCAAACUUAUUUGAUUUAUUUUAAGUCAGUUUCUUACAAAGAAAAUACAUUGUUUAAAAAGCAGAUUUAUUCCAGAACACAGUAGCAGCUGAAUGCUUUUCCAACCACCGUUUUCUGUAAUACAAAUUACAUUAAGUCUUGCAUUUGAAAUCAUCAAUAUACAUAACAUCGCUGGUUGACAUGGGACCAAAUUCUGAAAACUUUCUUCUGCUAUGUUAGUUCACUGCAAUCUAACCUUUUUAUUUUGCGAGUACACACUGUAUAACCUGUCCAAGUUGUGCCUAAUGUCUUGUAAUACUACUUAUAUUAAUUUUAAUAAUAAUAAUAAUGAUACAAAAAAGUAGUAUUUGUUGUUUUGAAAGGCUUAUAUUGUUGAGAUGUCAAUCAUGUUCUCACACAGACAAAAACAACUUUUUUUGUGCGGUGCUUUUUUUUUUUUCCGAUUUGUUGUCUGCCAUAGUUGCCUUAUGUUUCGUAACAACAGUUCAAGUGAAACAUGUUAUUUAGAGCCAAAAAGUGCAUCAUGUAAAUAUCAGUGCUGCUGUAUGUUGCAGAGUAUCACUAUCAAGAAGGUGCAUUCACUGUCUAGUUAUACAGUCCAACAGUAUCAGCCUUUAGCCAGUAACCGUGAGUUUGUUUGUGUGUUUCAGGGAUGAUGUGACUUGCUAAAAAAGAGGCUAAUACAGUACACCAAUAGAUGAUAUGGUACAGCAUUGUAACUUUUGGAUAAACAUGUACAAUGUUAUAUGUCUAAAGAAAAAGCAGUUCAUAUCUUGUAUUAUGUAGGCAUGUGUGUCUAUGCAUCUCUGCAGGAAUACGAAUAAAAUCUAAAUAUUGAA